AUGGAGGAAAAUAAGAUACAGAAAAACAAAGAGACGGAUUUGGAAGAGCUCAAAAAAGAAAUAGAAAUGGACGAGCACAAAAUUCCUUUAGAUGAAUUAUGCAGCAGAUUAGAGACAGACUUAGAAAAGGGCUUAACUACUGAAGCAGCAGAGAGAAUUCUAAAGCGAAAUGGUCCCAACAUGCUCUCAAAACGGAAAAAGACUUCGGAGUGGGUGAAAUUCGCUAAGCACCUAUGUGGAGGAUUUGCUAUAUUGCUUUGGGCUGGUGCUGUAUUAUGUUUCAUCGCUUUUACCGUCCAGUCUACUGCUUUGGAAAAUACUUCACACGAUAACAUGUACCUGGGACUCGUACUCGUGUUCGUCGUUCUAAUAUCCGGAAUGUUUUCCUACUAUCAAGAAGCUAAAAGUUCAAAGAUAAUGGAAUCGUUCAAAAAACUUGUCCCUCAGGAAGCGAAAGUUAUACGAGAUGGCAAGAAAACUGUCAUUCGUGCAGUCGAAGUUGUUGUUGGAGACAUUAUAGAAGUCAAAGGUGGGGACCGUAUACCUGCGGAUAUCCGUGUCAUCGAAGCUGCUAAUUUCAAAGUAGAUAACUCUUCUUUGACUGGUGAAUCUGAACCUCAGCCUCGUUCAGCAGAAAUGACGAGCGAGAAUCCUUUGGAAACACAAAAUAUUGCCUUCUUCUCAACGAACUGCAUGGAAGGGUCUGGAAAAGGGAUAGUUAUACACACUGGCGAUCGAACUGUAAUGGGUCGAAUCGCCAAUCUUGCAUCUGGCCUGGAAAUGGGCAAGACACCCAUAGCUAUAGAACUGGAGCACUUCAUUCACAUCAUCACAGCCGUGGCAAUAUUUCUCGGAGUGACUUUCUGUAUCAUAGCUAUGAGUAUGCGAUACAACUGGUUGGACUCGAUCAUUUUCCUUAUCGGCAUCAUAGUUGCCAAUGUACCGGAAGGUCUUCUGCCGACAGUCACAGUAUGUUUAACACUUACAGCCAAACGGAUGGCCAAAAAGAAUUGUUUAGUGAAAAACCUCGAGGCAGUAGAGACGUUGGGUUCUACUUCAACGAUCUGUUCUGACAAAACGGGGACUCUGACUCAAAAUCGGAUGACUGUUAUGCACAUGUGGUACGAUAACCAGUUGAUAGGUGCAGAAACGGUAAAUGACGAAGUUGAAUUUAAUUGUGAUAAAAACACAAUUGGCUGGAGAGCUCUUGCUAGAGUUGCUUGUCUUUGUAGCAAGACAGAAUUCGCCCCAGAUCAAGAAGAAACUGCUAUUUUUAAAAAGAAAUGUAUUGGGGAUCCAACUGAAGGCGCCAUUUUGAAAUGCAUGGAAAAAGAAGUUGGCAAUGCUGUUGAUGUCAGACAGAAAAAUUUCAAAGUUUGCGAAGUUCCGUUUAAUUCUACUAACAAGUACCACGUGACAAUCAAUAAAUUAGAGGACGAUUCUGGUUUUAUAUUAUGCGUGAAAGGUGCCCCCGAGAAAAUAUUAGAUAUGUGCUCAACGAUUUUGAUUAAUGAAGAAAAUAAAGAAAUAGACGAAGACAUCAAAAACCAUUUUGAUGAAAUUUACAAGCAACUGGGAGGCAUGGGAGAGAGAGUACUAGGCUUCGGUGACUACCUAUUACCGAAAAACGAGUUUCCAGCUGAGUAUGAGUUUAAUUCGGAGGAACAGAAUUUUCCAUUGGAAGGGUUGCGGUUCCUUGGACUGAUGGGCAUGCGAGAUCCUCCUCGUGCCGCUGUCCCGGAUGCUGUGGCAAAAUGUCGAAGUGCUGGAAUCAAGGUAAUAAUGGUUACUGGGGACCAUCCUAACACAGCGAAAGCUAUUGCAAAGGAAGUUGGUAUCUUGUCAAAAGACAGUGAAACAGCUGAAGAUAUUUCUAUCAGAAAAAGAAUACCGGUCGAAGAUGUAGAUCCGAAAGAAGUUGUGGCUACCAUUAUAACUGGUUAUGACCUUCGAGACUUCAAGUCGCAGGACAUGGACGAAGUGCUCCACCGUUACAAAGAAAUUGUGUUUGCCAGGACGUCUCCUCAGCAGAAAUUGAUCAUCGUUGAGGGCUGCAAGAGACAAGGCCAAAUAGUUGCUGUAACUGGAGACGGAGUGAAUGAUUCGCCGGCUCUUAAAAGAGCAGACAUAGGCGUUGCUAUGGGAAUCGCAGGAAGUGACGUAAGCAAACAGGCUGCCGACAUGAUUCUUUUGGAUGAUAAUUUCGCUUCAAUUGUCACAGGUGUUGAGGAAGGUCGCUUGAUCUUCGACAACCUAAAGAAAUCCAUCGCCUAUACAUUGUCAAGUAACAUACCUGAAGUGUCACCUUUCCUCCUCUUCAUCCUCGCUGACAUUCCUUUGCCCUUGGGGACCAUAGCUAUCCUAUGCAUAGAUCUGGGAACCGAUAUGGUUCCGGCUAUUUCGCUUGCUUAUGAGAAAGCAGAAAGCGACAUAAUGCAAAGGAAACCUAGAAACGCCAAGACGGAUAAACUCGUUAACAAAAGGUUGAUUUCAAUGUCGUACGGGCAAAUUGGAAUGAUCCAAGCUUCAUCUGGAUUCUACACGUAUUUUGUGAUAAUGGCAGAGCAUGGAUUUCUUCCGAAAUACUUACUUGGGCUUCGAAAAGCGUGGGAUUCAAAAAGUGUCAAUGACCUACUGGAUUCCUUCAACCAAGAGUGGACCUAUGCCGAACGUAAAAAACUGGAAUACACUUGCCACACUGCUUUCUUCGUUGCUAUUGUUGUCGUCCAGUGGGCCGAUCUGAUCAUCCGUAAGACAAGGAGAAACUCCAUCAUCCAUCAAGGAAUGACAAACCAUGUUCUCAAUUUUGCUUUGGUAUUCGAGACGGCGUUAGCUGCUUUUUUAGUCUACACCCCAGGAAUGAGCACAGCAUUGAAGAUGUACCCUCUGAAAGCCGAGUGGUGGUUUACAGCUCUUCCUUUUUCCAUAGUCAUCUUUAUUUAUGACGAAAUCAGGCGGUUCAUAUUGCGGCGGCUACCACCUGGCUCUUGGAUUGAAAGAGAGACUUACUAUUGA